AUGGAAGAUAUUGUUGACAAAGCGUUAAUGAGGAUAUCGAGUAAUGCUACUAUGUCUGCCAUCGCCACUGUGUUGACAUGUGUAAUGAGAAUGCGUUGUAGAAGAAAAUCUGUCACCUAUCACCAUGGGGAGGGGAAAAAACAGAAAAUAGAGUCUAGGGAUGCCCACAUAUGCCGUGUAUUUUCUGGCUAUAGUCACAGCUGUAGAGACUAUAUUAGAAUGCGGCCUCAUGCAUUUGAAAAUCUUGUCAGUAUAAUGAGAGGGUCCGGCCUACUACGGGAUUCACGUGAUGUAAAAGUUGAAGAACAGUUGCUCAUGUUUCUUAAUGUAUUAGGACAUAAAACAAAAAAUAGAAUUGUAAGAUCACAUUUCAUAAGAUCGGGAGAAACAAUUUCUAGAUAUUUUAACAAAUGCCUAGAAGCAGUUGGUUGUAUACGGGGGCGGUUCUUGAAGCAAGCACCAAUGGAAUUAGCGCCAGAGAUUGCAAGCAAUCAUUUAUACUAUCCUUAUUUCAAGGAUUGCAUUGGCAUGAUAGACGGGACCCACAUUGACGCUAUGCUUCCUGCUAGCCUUGUGGCCCGCUUUAGAGGCCGUAAAGGUGUGACUCAAAAUGUUCUAGCCGCCUGCACCCCAAAUAAGUUAUUUUCAUAUGUUCUCGCCGGUUGGGAGGGGUCUGCAAAUGAUUAUAGAGUACUACAAGAUGCACUUUCAAGACCUCAACCUCAUGGCCUGAGAGUCUACGAUGGCAAAUAUUAUUUGUGCGAUGCGGGGUACACCACCAUGCCUGGCUUCAUCUCCCCUUAUCGUGGUGUACGUUACCAUUUAAAUGAGCACAGGGGUAGGCCAAUAAAUAACAGAAGAGAGUUAUUCAAUCUAAGACAUUCCUCGCUACGGUCUAAAAUUGAAUCAACCUUUGGAUUGUUGAAGAAUCGUUUCAAAAUCCUCACUGCAAAGCCACAUUAUCCUUUUCCAACCCAAGUUGACAUAGUAUUGGCUUGUGCUAUACUUCAUAACUACAUUGCUAUAGUCGACCUGGGCGAUGACUUAUUAAAUGAGGACAUUACCAUUGAUGAUGACGAUGUAGAAAUAGCUACUGAGGGGGAAGAUGCCAAUCUUGUUGACUUUUCUCAAAAUGUAACACAAAGAGAAGAAAGAGAUUCAAGGAAUGAAUGGAAAGAGAAGAGGGAUGACAUUGCAAGUGCUAUGUGGCUAGACUAUUGUAAUAAAUAUCGUGGUGGGGACACAACCGAAAUUGGCUUGUAA